AUGUCUGGCCCUUUGACUGUUGUUGAGAUGCAGACCAUCAGACUGGCUUAUACAGGCGAGAGGAUCUUUAAGAUGUUCCUGGUGCUGUCCACAUACACUCUCUUCAUUUAUAUUAACAUCGUGAUGCUGUUUACGCUGCGCACCAAGGCCAUCUUCCGUGAGACACCACGUUACAUUCUCUUUACUCACAUGCUCCUGAACGACACCAUUCACCUGGUGAUAUCCCUGGUGCUCUAUGUGCUUGGGGCCUUCUACCUGCUGGUGGUGCGUGCUGUCUGUGCCAUGAUUGUGCUGCUGUCUUCAUCGACGUUCGUCAAUGCACCACUUAAUCUGGCUGUCAUGUCCCUGGAGAGGUACACAGCCAUCUGCUUCCCUUUGCGGCACAGCGAGUUGGCUACGCCGGCGCGAGCAAGCGCAGCUGUGGCUCUGGUGUGGAUUUUGGGUAUCACUGAUGUGCUAACUGAUGUGUGUGCUCUCUUCCUCCUCGCAGAGCCAUCCUUCUACUUGUCUCCUACACUGUGUACCAUCGAGCAGCUUCAGGUGGCACCCUGGCAGCAGGGCAGGAGUGUGACAUUCAAAGUUCUCCUCUUUGUCACGGUGACCGUCAUGCUGCUCUACACGUAUGUGGCCAUCCUGCGGCAAGCGCGUGCCGCCUCCUCUGACUCCUCUUCUGCCCAUAAAGCCUUGCGAACAGUGGUACUGCACGCGCUGCAGCUCGGCCUCUCGCUCAUGUCCUUCAUCUAUACAUUUAUAGAGUUACUGCUGGGAAGCCUGCCACUCGCUGUAUACACACAGCUACGCUUCCUCAACUUCUUCAUAGUGCUGAUCCUGCCACGCUGCCUUAGCUCACUCAUCUAUGGCCUGAGGGAUGAGACCUUCAGGCCACUGUUCAAGCAAAACUUUCUGUACUGUGGUACAAACAAAGUUGUGCCUCUAGAGUAGUGCCUCUACGCCUCUACAAAACACUGAUGAGACAAUGACAAUGUGAUCAAUCAAUGUUUCAGUUAUCUGUAUGUGAAUAAAUGUGUACAUGUAUUUCUGUGGAUAUGUACACAAAAGAUGUGGUAUGUUAAGUCUGACCAAACCACUGUAUGUACUUUAUCAGGCUCACAAUUAUUAUGGGGUGUUUGUGAUCCUGAAAAACUAAAGGUUCUAUUGAUUUUUUUAACAUGCUGUAUCUUAUGUAAGAAAAAACAAUUUUCUCUGUGUACUACUAAAAUAAGCAACAUGUAAAAUGUGAGAUUUGGUAAAGAUAUGUUAAAGCUGUCACUGAAAAUGUUAACAUUAUUCCCUCGUCUACUUCUUCAUAAUAUCACAUCUUUAUUGCUUCAUAAUGUUGUUUUUUCUGGCCUUCAAAAAUAAAUACAAACACUGUGAGUGAAGUGGAUGUGGGGGGUAUUCCAAAAAGCGGGUUUAGGGACUAACCCAGAUUUGUUAACUCUGAGUUCACGAAAAUCUGGGAUUUUUCAUUCCAGAUCAGAGUAAGUGAGAGUCAGUUACUAUGACAACUUAGGCUCUGAAGCUAACCUGCGUUCUGACAGGUUUACUUAACCCUAACCUGGAGUUAUGCCCACAGCAUUCAUGCAAACAUGGCAUGUCCUUUCCUCAGAGUAUCCAGUGGACAGUGACGCUGGACAUUCAGUUACUUCCAGAUUAAUCUCUUUGUGAAUAUUACUCUUUCUCUCCACGGUCAAUUAUUUAAACAACAUUUUCAGGUGGACAUUUUAAAUAUUACAUAUUAUACAAAUAUUUCAAAUAUUACAUGCAUUGGCCUCUGUAUUUUUUUUUUGACUCUGGAAGUUUUCUGUAUAAUGUAGCAGAUGCUGAACAGAUUGGCAAGGCAACUGUAUGUCGGUCUGUCCGAAAAGUAUGCCUAGCACUAAAAUGCUUUGUACAUAUUUUUGUAGUGUUCCCUAGGCAUAAACCUGUAAUAGCAUCACAAAAACAUUCCACAGAAUCACAAGUUGUCUUCAUCCAUGAAGAUUAAAAAAGAAAAUGUGAAAACAAUAUGCAGUAAGCACUUCCACACCAUUUAAUAUUUCAGGAUUUCCCAGGGUCAUUGGUUGCAGAAAAUGAAGGAGAUAGUAUAGUAAAAUCCAGUUAAAAUGAUCAUCUAAUGAUGUACUGCAACUCACUGUUCUCCUCCCCAAUCAAGAUAAUAUUUGAUUCUACCCAUAUAAUAACAAA